AUGGUGCCAGAUUUGUGGGAUAAUUUCUUGAAAGGUUUGGCCAACACUGAAACCGAGAAGCUCUUCUUACGAGCCAACGCUUUUGGAAAUACAGAUGUGCAUGAUUUUGAGUUACUGCAGAGGUUGAAACUUUUGGAUCUAACAGGUAGCACGUCACAUAUCACCCACAUUGGUUUGUUUAUUUUGCCACAACUUCUUACUUUAAUUCUAGAAGACUGUUCUGUAAAGGACAAUGAAUUGACGGCAACGUAUUUUUCACGGAUGAAAAGCUUGUCAAAUCUUAAUCUAGCUUCAAAUGGAAUUAUAGAUAUCAACCCAGCUUACAGUAAGUUUAGGUGGCAUAAUCUAGAUCUACAAGACGUGGAUCUCCAAUACAACGAAUUGAAUACUAUUCACGAAUGGUCUUUCAAAGGACUAACGAAUUUGACAUCUCUGUACUUGAGAGGGAAUACAGCGUUAGCUUAUGUAAAUGUAUCAGCUUUUACAGAUUUGAUUCAUCUUCGGUUCCUAGAUCUAUCUGGAUGCUCUGUGAUCAAAGUAAUAUCGGUGUAUCUGCCUCAUUUGGAAACCUUCAUCUUUAACAACUGUACGCAACCGAGCUGGAUCAGCAUUAAAACAAUUUUCUUUCAGACUCUCAAGUCUAUCAAACAUGUAUAUAUGGGGAAUGCCAGCAUGAACUCGUUAUGGGAUGGACGUAACUCGGGCAGUCAAUCGUCUUUGUUUCAAGGAAUGCGAAAUCUCUUAACACUUGAUUUAAAAGAGAAUCCCAUUGUUGAAUUACGAUCGGGGUUAUUCUUAGAUCUUAUCCUUCUCGAAGAACUAAACUUAUGCGACUGUAAGCUCAGGUGGAUUGAAUCAAACACAUUCGAAGGUCUCCAAAGUUUAAAAAGCUUGUACUUACAGAACAAUGAACUAAAAAAACUUCCAUUUGAAGUAUUACAGAGUAUGGGACAACUUCAUUCUCUGAACUUAGAUGGCAACAAAUUAAAGUAUAUCGAUGGGGACUUAUUUAUCAACUCAUCCAAACUAAACAAUUUAACUCUCGCUAAUAACAGCCUGUCUGUUCUGAAUCGUAGUACAUUUGAACCCAUACUUAAUUCUUUAGGACUUAUUGACAUUUCAGACAAUAUAUUGGCGUGCACUUGCAACUUGAAAUGGCUUCCAGUGUGGCUCAAAGGACACAUCGUUGUCUUGAAUGAAGCUAGAACCAACUGUUCAUUGGCCUCACUGGAAGCAUUGAAAGGAAAGCCACUCCUGACAUUUGAUCCGGCUGAAUAUUGUGGUCCAAACAUGACUGUGCUUUUGAUGUCCAGUUUACUUCCCCUUGUAAUUGCAGUGAUUGCCGUAGUCAUGAUCGUUGCCCACCGAUACCGUUGGUUCUUGAGGUACAAAUUAUUCCUUCUAAAACUGGCAGUCAUAGGUUUUCGAGAGGUCGAAGAUGCUCGAGAUUUUAACGAUUUUGAAUUUCAUUUCAACAUCAUGUUUGCGGAGGAGGACGAACGGUGGGUCAUGGAGCGCUUCCGUCCAGUCUUAGAAGAACUGCUUCCGGAAUACGACAGGAAUGUAUACGGUGACGGCGACCUUCCCCUUGGGAUGUACUACUGUGACGCAGUCCAUUACGUAGUUGAAAGGAGCUUUAAGACCAUCGUACUGGUCAGCAGACCUGCCAUCCAGGACAACUGGUUCGUCAUCAAGUUUAGAACCGCUGCGGAUCAGGUCAAUGACACUCAGGUAGAGAACAUGGUGGUGAUCUUCUUGGAGGACAUACCAGACGACGAGCUUCCAUUCUUGGUGAGGCUGUAUCUGAGUGAUCGUCAGCCAUAUCUUGGUUGGGAAGAAGAUGAGAGAUUCCAUGAGUACUUCUGGCAAAUACUCAGCAAGAUGUUGACUAUAAACCUGAGGUGCAACAAUGUCGUCCCUCCCGAAUAACUCCAAAAAGAGUUAAGAUUGUACAAAAGUUUUGUUUUCCGUACAAUUCAUAU